UCUCUUUUGACCCAAAAAAGCAAAAAGACUUCCAUCUCUCUGCAAGGGGCUACUAUUUCAUAGUUCUUACCAUUUUGUCCAGAUUCAUGAAGAGGAAAAGAAAGUCUACAUCUUGUGCCACCCAAAUAGGGAACAAGGAUGACCACAUUCAAGAAAUGGGUCCUUUUAUAACAGAUCUUCCAAAGUCUACCAUUCACAUGGUUCUACUUAAGAUCCCAACAAGGAGCAUUCUCAUGUGCAAGUGUGUGUGCAAGACUUGGCAUGGUCUAAUUUCGGACCCUGAAUUUGCUCAGCUGCAUUUUGCACAAGCAGAGGUCUUUCCUAUGGUCCGGCCCUUGGGUCCACCACGCGUGUCAAGAACCCUUUACUUGGUUGAGCCUGAAGAUAGCUCUGGUUCGUUUUUGAGGGACUGCGGUGCAUAUGACCGUUAUCGUGAGCGAUCUGAUUUCCACAUGAUUCUUUCCAAAUGUAAAAUCCCAUUGCGCAAUGCUGAGCAAGUUAUCAGUAACCACGGUAAUGCCAAUGUGAUGCUUGAUAGGAAACAUGGCACUACAAGAAAGCCUUGCAUCAAGAUAAGGCGAAAUGAUCACAAGUACAAUGUGGUGAACUCGUGUAACGGCUUGCUUUGCCUGUCUGAGCCAUUCUCCAAUGACCCUGCUGUUGUGUGCAAUCCAAUAACCGGAGAAUUUAUAAACCUUCCCGAAGGUUCUAAACCUGAGAAUGAAAAGAUUUCAAUGGAUUGUGGAUUCGGAUUCAGUCCAAGGACUAACGAAUAUAAGGUGAUAAGAAUGUUUAAGCAAGGGACCCCUCGUCCCAAUAGGGUGGCUGAGAUACACACACUUGGAGCAGGUUCAUGGAAAUCUGUUGGUAGUGCUCCCUACUUAGCUAGUAAACUAGCAUUCCCCACCUAUGUGAAAGGAGUGCUUUAUUGGUUUUGCGAUGAAUGGUCAGGUUUUACCAUAAUUUCUUUUGACUUGGAUACUGAAAAGUUGCAAUCAGUUCCAUCCCCGCCUUUUGGACGGGAGGAAUGUCGUAAUGCGGUCUUGGGAGUUUUGGGAGAUAGCAUUUGUGUGUGUCAUACUGAUGGUCUUGAAAUUAAAUUUUGGACACUGAAUGAUUCUGGUGCACAAAAACUUUGGAGGAAGAAUAUUUCGAUUGAUACCGAAGAUGCUGGAAGGUGGCCAUAUGGAUCAUUCAAACCCAUGAAAUACUUGCAGAAUGGAUGUCUGUUGAUGUUUAAUUCUCAUACUAAUGCCUUCUUUUACUAUCACCCAAGAAACCACAGUCCGUUCAUUUUUCUUAAGCUUCGUGGGUUCAAGUCAGAUUUUGAGGUAUUUAGUCAUGUUCCAAGCUUUAUUUCACUGAAGGAUAUUCUGGUGGGGAAGGAUGUAGAAGUACUGAAUGUAAAUUCAAGGUGUGCAGGGUUGAAGCUGCUAGGAGAGACCAAAGCCCUUUUUCUGGAGGAAGAUAUUGCGGAGUUGGGAUCAGAUUUUUAUUCGACUGACAGUUGCGAAGAUUGCGAAGAUUGAACCAAGCACCCACACACCACACUGGAGGAGGUGAUGCAGUCUAACAAUGAGCUAAAACACCAUUUUGAUAAAGGGCUGUGAGCGCCCUUGAUUAAUAUUAUAUAGUUGGACACCAGAACCUUAAUUGGCCUCUAACUUAGUGACCAGCUAGUGUUUUGUUUGAUGAUACUUCAAAUAUUUUUGGAUUAGAAGUUAAAUUUCUUGUUAUGUUUAAGGAAGUACAGUGAUGUUAAAGGCUAAU